AAAUUGAACACCUUCUGAGAGAUGGAAAGAUUUAUGUGGAGUUCAAGUAUGCCUGGCACUUCCUUUUAUCAAGCUUUCGGCGUUCCAGCAAAUGUGAUCUAGUAAAAAGUGUAGACGACUGUUUAAAACAUGGAGCAAACCCAAACAACAGAGAAGGUCCUGGGGUAACCGGCCUAAUGCUAGCGUGUAUGCAACUCUCGUUCUGCGGAGAAGUGGGUCAACAGGUGAUAGAACGGGUGGUGUAUUUCCUCUUGUUACUCUUGAAGCACGGAGCUGAAGUGAAUCAACGAGAUUUUUAUGGGAGUACUGCACUUCACUAUGCUUUUCAAUCCAGAAAUUACUAUUUACCUCCCGAAGAAGGAAGGCUUGCCAAAAAACUUGUUGUUCAAAUCCUUAUUCAGCACAACGCAAACAUUUAUCUAAAAAAUUCAUUUGGGAUUUCCGCCAUUGAUAUGGCUAAGCGUGAGGGACACGAAUCUUGGUUAAAAACCGACGAAGCAUCACAUGCUCAAAGAAAAGAAAGAGAUCGUGCUCCGAAGAAAACUGAAGCCAGCUUCAAUCUGGACUAG